UUACGUCCUCCUAUCCGUGACGUCAGCGGCCAGUCCUCGACAGUCGGAUGAGAAACAUUUGUGAUGUUAAAGAUGCGGAUUACCGCACGAAACGCGAAACUCGCGGCGGAUGUCAGUAUGGUGACGCGGGGCGAAGACGCGGAGCGUUUGUUUGGGUAGAAUCGCGCGCCUAUCAAUGAAUGCGGGCGAUUGUACGGUGCGUUGCGGAUUUUUGAAGGAUUUGAGAGAUAGACCCCCACAGUCGCCGGACGCGCUGAACGCUUGUAAACAGAGACGCGCACGUGACCGCGCACAAAGGCCUCGCGAGCGGCAGGUGACGGGACGCUCGCAGGUGAUGCGCGCUUUAACGGACGCGUCCAGAUACACGACGAGUUUGAACAAAAGAAAAACGCCGCUAUUUUGCGUUAUUAACGGGCGAUCCGCGCGACUGUAGCCGAGUGCGUUCGUUCGUUCAUCCGCGUACGCGUCAGUCUGGCGAUCGUUUAAGUGAAUUGAUCGCGUUUUGUUUUGUCUCAUCUCGAUCUCUGUCCCGGGACAAACGGCCGAUGUCAUUUACCAUGGAGGACACUCUGGAGUCCGGCUGGGUUUCGGUUCGGCCGAAUGUUUUCGAGGAGAAAGAAAAGCACAAGUUCGUUUUCAUCGUCGCGUGGAACGAGAUCGAGGGAAAGUUCGCGGUCACGUGUCACAACCGAACCGUCCAAAAACGGACCGCCGUUCGGGACUCGCUUCUCGAAGCGGCCGAGGGCGAAGUGACGGAGGAGGACAAGCAACGGGCCGGUUCGGUGAGGAGUCCCAGCAGAGACAGGCCUCCUCAAAAGAGCCCGGCCCGAGACCGUAGCGACGUAUCCGGUUCGGGAAAAGAGAGCAAAUCAAGCAGGCCGGCGAAAAGUCCGAGCAAAGCGUCCGAAGCUCUCAAAACCGGUGACGUGGAGGUUCUAAACCCGACACCAGGCCUGGGGGAUGAAGCACCCGAGAUCCUGGACGAUGUGGACCUGAACCACCGAGAGGACUUCAGCUGGGCCGGACUCUUCUCGUUUCAGGACAUGCGCGCUGCUCACCUGCAGCUGUGCGCCGUUAACUCGGACCUGGAGCCGUGUCUGCCCGCAUUCCCGGAGGAGCAGGCGGCCGUGUGGUCGGUUCUGUUCGGGGUUCCGGAGAUGAGCGCGCGCGAGAUGGAGGCUCUUUGCUUUCAGCUGCAGGUGUAUCUGGGUCACGCGCUGGACACGUGCGGCUGGAAGAUCUUGUCUCAAGUUCUGUUCCCGGACAGCGAUGAUUCGGAGGAGUAUUACGAGAGUCUGAGUGAACUCCGACAGAAGGGCUUCGAGGAUGCGCUCCAGAGGUCCAAAAAACACCUGCACGAGCUGUUGGAGAGACAGCGUGGAGUUGAUAGUAUGGUGGAGCUGCUGCAGUUGUACUCUGAUCAGGAUGAAGCUUACGGUGAUCUGGUGGAGGCCACCACUGAACUCUACCAUUAUCUACUGCAGCCUUUCAGAGAUAUGAGAGAACUGGCCAUGCUGCGCAGACAACAGAUCAAGAUCUCUUUAGAGACGGAGCAUCUGGGCCCGCGACGGGUGGACUCUCUGAGGAGAGAAGACGAGGAUUGGCAGAGGAAAGCUCAUACAGCUGUUCUGUCCAUUCAGGAUCUGACCGUCAAAUACUUUGAAACCACCGCACGAGCACAGAAGGUGAUGUAUGAACGCAUGCGCGCUGACCAGAGGAAGUUUGGGAAAGCCGCGUGGGGCGCUGCAGUGGAGCGCAUGGAGAAAUUACAGUACGCCGUCUCCAAGGAAACACUGCAACUCAUGCGUGCCAAAGAGAUCUGCUUAGAACAGAGAAAACAUCGACUCAAAGAGGAGAUGCAGGGCCUGCAGGCAGGAGAGGAUGCGGUGCUGCGUCUGGAUCAGUUGGAGUCUCUGUACUAUGAGCUUCAGUUGCAGCUCUAUGAGAUUCAGUUCGAGAUACUCAAGUACGAGGAGCUGCUGCUGACUGCGCAGCUGCAGAGUCUGCGCAGACAGAUGAGCGCUGUCUGUGUGUUUUCAGAGAGACAGGAGGAGGUGGUCUACUACGACACCUACGAGAGCCCGGACGCCAUGAGAGCGACAGACGACCCCGCGACCCCUUUGACUCCUCCUGCAGAUGAUGUCGCCAAAUUACAGCAGAGGACUCGACAGCUGGAGGCCAGAAGAGGCCGCAUCACCGCCAAGAAAGCCUACCUCAAAAACAAGAAGGAAAUCUGCAUCAUCAAUCACACUGAGAAACUGCAGCAGCGACAGAGCGGCCCAGAGCGUUUUUCCCAGCAGGCUUUGCGGCAGGAUGAAGAGGAGGAAGAGGAACAGAGAAUCUCCAGAGUCGGUCAGGAGAGGCAGCGAACUCUGGACCGUCUGCGCACCUUUAAACAACGGUACCCCGGUCAGGUGACUCUGAAGUCUACACGUCUGCGACUGGCGUAUUCCAGGAAGAAAACCGCACCCACCGCAACACCAGAGCAGCCACAGACGCAGGCCGCCGGCGUGCAGACGGAUGACGCUCCGGCUCCUCUAGAGCUUUCCUCGGGAGUCCCAGAGCUCCGCAGACCCGAAAGUUUCCUGUCUUUACCACCGGCGGUGGGCACGGCGGUCGCCGAGCUUCUUCCUGCAGCCGUGCACACGUCUCUUCCUCCUGCAGGGGAACUCCUGCUGCUCGACUCCUCCACGUCACCCAUCUCUCCUCCACCCCCGCCGCCUCCACCUCCGCCUCCUCCACCCCCCUCUCUAGAAGACUUGAGCACAGACGGCCAGGGCCCGGCAGGCAGCCCGGUGCACCAGCACAAAGCUGAGAGCCCCCUCGCCCCAUUCUCGGCCCGGUUCUUUGACAGCAGUCAGCUGGUGAAUGCCCGGAAGAGGCUGAAGAAAACGGCGUCCCUGGAGUCCAACCAGUGGAGAAGAGCCAGUUCUCCGAUGGAUGAAGUCCUGGCCAGUCUGAAGCGCGGCAGCUUUCACCUACGCAAGGCCGAGCUGCGCGUCAUGGCGCCAGAUCCGGACGAGGACGAUGGGAAUAAUAUCCUGGCACAGAUCCGGAAGGGCGUGAAGCUGCGUAAAGUUCGGAGACAAGAGCGAGGUUCGAAGGGAAGCGAGCCGUCUGACCCCCUGACGCGGAGCAUCCAUGAAGCGCUCAGGCGGAUUAAAGAGGCGUCGCCCGAGUCCGACUCAGAAGAUGAGAUGCUGCCAUCUACCGAGUGGGAGAGCUGAACUUCUGAACAUACAAUAACUGAGAACACGUGUGUGUGUGUGUGUGUGUGUGUGCGUGCACCUCACAAUUCAUUCAAACACACAGCACACUAAAAGCUGAACAACUACACAACAACCCCCACUCGAUCGCCCCCCUCUCUCACUUAUUCACUGUAUUAGUUUUUUAAUCCGUGUAUUAUUCAUGAUUUUCAUUAACUCGUUUUAUGUUCUUCUUGUGUUGUGUAUGAUAGCAGGAGACGUGAGCUUUGGUUGAAAGUUGUUUUGUGAAAAACUUAGAAGUUUACUGUAGUAAAGUCCAGUAAAUGCAUUAUCAACUUGACUGAAAUGAAGCCAGAUUUUUUUUUACUGUUCUGAUUGUUUUAUUAUGACAUUAACGUGAUAACAUUUUCCAGUCGCUUAUAUAUCACAGUGUUUACUUAAAUAAAUGCAGACUUAAAAAAUGACAAAGUAUUUUGAGUGAAAAUACUAGAAAUGUGUUUUAAUUGUCAUUACAAACAAUCUUAAUAGUGCUAAAAAUAGGCUUCAUUUUCUUGAUAAACGUUAUUUUCCCAUCUAUAUGGAGACAAGCACGUGUUUUGUGUCAAGCGUGUGUUCAGCUCACUUUUCUCACUGCCAAUUAUACGACUUUUGUAUUGUCUUGAUUGUAUCUUUAUUUAUCUUUACUUGUCAUAUAUCAUCAUGGCUCUCAUCUUCUUCUGCAUCUGAUUGGUCAGUCACUUAUUCAUGUGCAGUUUACACUUGUCAUAUGAAGUGUGUGCGUGCGUGUGUGUAUACAAUGCAUCACUGUACCAACAGAAACACUACUACAGAAACUGAAUCAUGACACAAUGUUUACCCAUAAUGCUGUUCGGCACAGCUGUACUGUCUGGUGUCAAUGCAUUUGCCCUCAGUGCUCAUCUGGGGUCUGUUUUAGUUCUGAUGAAUCUGAUCUCAGAUCAGCCGACUCUUUUACAUGACACUACAGUUUAUUUUGACAUGUUUUUCAUCGCGUGUACUGUAUUUAGCCUUUUUUAUAUUCCUUUAAUCAUAUUAACUCGUGUGUAUGAUCUAUGCUUUCCACCACCACAGGCGUGAGCGAUUCAAACUAAUCACCUGAAAAUGUUAAAGAUUUGUGACUGGCAGUCACUAGACACGUGCAAUAUUAUAUUAGAAACUGAAUACUGAUAUAUUUUUCAUGUGUAUGAUAUUGUAAUAGUCAGCAAAUCCAUCUGCAUGUUUGCCUAAAGGACACAUGUAUUUAUUGAGUUCAACUAAAUAUUAAAAAAUGUAAAGCAAUAUCAUAAAAAAAUGUUAAAUGACUUUUGAAAAUCCAGUUUUGCUUUUACUCUGCUUUUCCAGUCAUUGUACUCUUAACACUUAUUUUUUAAUUUGCCUUUUGCCCCUUGCGUAAAUAAAGUAUUUAAAACAAA